CCCGCCCCGGGCCGCGGCUCUUGAUUGUCCAAACGCAAUUCUCGAGUCUCUGGCUCCGGCCGAGAGUUGAGUCUGGACGUCCCGAGCCGCCGCCCCCAAACCUCGAGGGGAGAGCGGGUCGGAGGGUCUAGGGAGAGCCAAAACGCAGGGUGGAGGAAGUCCCCAGGGUGGUAAGGGGAAUCCCGGUCACUUCGGGACUUAGUUGAGUUCACAGGACUGUAGGACUGAAGCGGCAAGGGAUCCUUGGCAGCUUUUUUCUCCGGAAUCCCGGGCUGGGCUUACGGAGAAGUUCUGUGUGGGGAUGGGGAGUCGUUCCCCAGAGCCGCUAGGAGACGCGGAGUGGGGGAGGUGGCCCUUUUGCAAUAUCCCCGACCCUUCCCGGGGUCCGAGCAAUCCCAGGCCCCGCCCCCCGGAGCGGAGGCCCCGGGUGGGGGCCACGGGAAGGGAACUGGCUAACGUUGGCUGCGCGACGGUGCUGGGAGGGGGGCGGAGCCCACGGUCCCCACGUGGCGCGAGACUCCAGGGAAGCCGGCUCCUGGCGAGGAGCGGGCGCGUCCGGAGGGCGGGGGAACCUGGCCGUCCACGUCGCGUCCCACCCGCGCCGCGAGUGGCAGGUGACGUCUCCCCUGGCGGGGGAGGAGAGGAGUGAAGGGGCAGGCGGAAGUGACGUAGGGCCCCAGCGCCGGGGCCAUGGCGGCAGCCGCGGCGGGAGCUGCUGUCUGAGCAGCGACUGCAGAUCGAGCGAACUCGGCCCGGGAGCCCGGGCCCAGCGUGCGGCGCUGCGGCGGUGCAGCGCAGACGGCGGGAGCCGGCCCACUUCUCCGCAUUGGAGCCCUGGCUGGGGUCUGUGCCCGGUCACCAUGACGACGCCGGCGAAUGCCCAGAAUGCCAGCAAAACGUGGGAACUGAGUCUCUAUGAGCUCCACCGGACCCCACAGGAAGCCAUCAUGGAUGGCACAGAGAUUGCAGUUUCCCCUCGGUCGCUGCAUUCAGAACUCAUGUGCCCCAUCUGCUUGGACAUGCUGAAGAAUACGAUGACCACCAAGGAGUGCCUCCACCGAUUCUGCUCCGACUGCAUUGUCACAGCCCUGCGGAGCGGGAACAAGGAGUGCCCUACCUGCCGCAAGAAGCUGGUAUCAAAGCGAUCUUUGCGACCAGACCCUAAUUUUGAUGCCCUGAUCUCGAAGAUCUAUCCUAGCCGGGAGGAAUAUGAGGCUCACCAAGACCGGGUUCUCAUCCGCCUCAGCCGCCUGCACAACCAGCAGGCACUGAGCUCCAGCAUUGAGGAAGGGCUGCGCAUGCAGGCCAUGCACAGGGCCCAGCGUGUGAGGCGGCCGAUGCCUGGGUCAGAUCAGACCACCACGAUGAGUGGGGGGGAAGGAGAACCAGGGGAGGGAGAAGGGGAUGGAGAGGAUGUGAGCUCAGACUCCGCCCCUGACUCUGCCCCAGGCCCUGCUCCCAAGCGACCCCGUGGAGCAGGGGCAGGGGGGAGCAGUGUAGGGACGGGGGGAGGAGGCACUGGUGGGGUGGGCGGGGGUGCUGGUUCUGAAGACUCUGGUGACCGGGGAGGGACCCUGGGAGGGGGUACUCUGGGUCCUCCAAGCCCUCCUGGGGCCCCUAGUCCCCCAGAGCCAGGUGGAGAGAUUGAGCUUGUGUUCCGGCCCCACCCACUGCUCGUGGAGAAGGGAGAAUACUGCCAGACUAGAUAUGUGAAGACAACUGGGAAUGCCACAGUGGACCAUCUCUCCAAGUAUUUGGCCCUGCGCAUUGCCCUGGAGCGGAGGCAGCAGCAAGAGGCAGGGGAGCCAGGAGGGCCUGGAGGGGGCGCCUCUGAUGCUGGGGGACCUGAUGGGGGUGGUGGGGAGGGCGCGGGUGCCGGAGGAGGUGACAGCCCUGAAGAGCCUGCCUUGCCCAGUCUGGAGGGUGUCAGUGAAAAGCAAUACACCAUCUACAUCGCUCCCGGGGGCGGAGCUUUCACGACACUGAAUGGCUCGCUGACCCUGGAGCUGGUGAAUGAGAAGUUCUGGAAGGUGUCCCGGCCAUUGGAGCUCUGCUAUGCCCCCACCAAGGACCCAAAGUGACCCCACAAGGGGACAGCCAGAGGAUGGGGACCAUGGAGUUCCCCUGUGUUCUGGACCACCACCCCAGCCAGCUUCUUUGUCCCCCAGUGCCCCACAACCCAGUCAGCCAGCAAGAGGACACAAAUGAGGACAUGUGUCUUUUAUACAAAGUAUCUAUAUCAGAUUCUUCUAUAUUGUACAGAGUGAGACAUACGCCCCCAUCUACUGCCUUUUCUAUUGCCCGUAACCUCCCAUCUACACAAGAUGUUGGAUAACGUGAAGAAACCUCCUUUCAUGCUCUCAUACCAACAACAAAUUUGCUUUUUUUCUUCUUUGAAACCUGUAGUUUGUGUCUUUAUCAGGGGUGUACUAGAAGUAAAAAAAAAAAAAGAUUGAGAAGAAAGCCUAGAAAUCAUAGAACCAGCCUUGGAAAUGGGGAGGAAA